AAAUGGAGAGGGAUUUUUGCUAGUGUUUUUAGGGAAUUUAGGGGAAUAUGCUUGUUAAUUAGGUGGGUUUUAUCGAGGGAUUUAUAGGAAUUUAGGGGAAAUUCUUAUGAAAAACAUGGAUAUGAAAUAAAAAUUACGUAAAAACCAAGGCACCUAGACUUUCUCCAUGGUGACAACAAUUUCCAAUCAGGUUAUGACUACUAAUUCAUCCCUGCACCUUUCACCACUGAAUAGUCUCACUCUACCUCAGUCUCAAUCUCAAAAAAUCUCAACUUUUCCCAUGCAUCUCGUGCUGCUGCUGCUGGUGCACCUGCCCAAAAAAUCCAACCCCAUUUACGGCAGAUACGAAAGCAACCCUUUAUCUUCACUACUACUGUUCUGAGCUACCAACUUUUUUCCACCCUCUCUCUCUCACCACACUGACUCGUCCAAACUCUCAUCUCAUUCCUCGCCCACCUCCGCAUCGGGACAGACAACAACGAAAUCAUAUAACGCAACGAAUAAUGUGCAAUCUAUUUUUAGACAUGUUUUAGUUUUAGCUUUAUUUUAUUUAUUUUUUUAAAUAGUCAUGCUGCUAAUCAGUGUUGAGUUUAUUUAUUAAAAAUUUAUAGUGGGUGUGGUUUGUGUCCGUGUGUUGGUGUGUGUUUUUCGUGUUUUGUGUGUGUUAUUCUCUCGUGGUCGUUUUGAGAAGUUUUGCAUGGAAAUUUUAAAUGAUGCUCCCCACUGGACAACAGCCCCCUGGUGGACCCACCUCGGACCUCCAACAAAUCAUGCUCGAGGAGUAUCAAGAUAACGAGGAGUACGAUGAUAACGGUGGGGGAAAUAAUGGGGGUGGUGGAGGUGGUGGACCGAGUGGAAGUCACGGCGGCGUGAACCAGCUCGGCGGGGUGUUUGUGAACGGUCGUCCCCUGCCCGACGUGGUGCGGCAGAGGAUCGUGGAGCUGGCUCACAACGGAGUCCGGCCCUGCGACAUUUCCAGACAACUCAGAGUCAGCCAUGGCUGCGUCAGCAAGAUUCUCAGCAGAUACUACGAAACGGGCUCCUUCAAAGCCGGGGUGAUCGGUGGCUCCAAACCCAAAGUGGCCACCCCCCUGGUCGUGGAUGCAAUAGCGAAUUACAAACGUGAAAACCCGACAAUGUUUGCCUGGGAAAUCCGCGAUAGGUUAUUGGCUGAAGGAAUCUGCUCGCAGGACAAUGUGCCCUCCGUCAGCUCCAUUAAUCGGAUCGUCCGAAAUAAGGCGGCCGAGAAAGCAAAACAUCAACAUCAUUCUCAUCAACAACUUCCUUCCAGUGGGAGCUUGAGCCCCGUGUCGCAGACACAACAGGAGAAUAAUAAUCAUAAUGUGCAGCCGAUUAGUAGUAGGCCGAGUUACUCGAUCAAUGGGAUCCUGGGGAUCAAUGGGGGUGGUGGGGGUGGUGGGAAUAGUGACCAGCAAGUGGAGAAUCAAAGUGGUGGGGGGAAUAGUAAUAAUAAUAAGAGGAAGUUUAAAGCCGACCCCCUCCGCCCCCCACCGACCAACACUUCAUCCUCCUCCCCUCACAACAACAACUCCACAAACCAACCAAUUGAAUCGGAAGAAGAAUUAUUAUUAAAACGCCAGCGAUUCGUCGUCGACAGCGUUUACAACCCCCUGACCUGCUGGCCGCCACCCCACCCACCCCCGCAGCAACCCCCUCCCCACCCCCCACCCCACCCCCACCAUCAACAACACCAACUCGCCAACCUGGCAAAAUGGAAGGACGAAGUGUUUAACAACAACAACAGUGAAAAUAAUUUCCAUGGUGAUUCUAUUUAUGAGAUGAACUAUCAACAAGUCCCCCCCUCCACCUCAUCCCCCGUGGGAAUGUCAUUCCACACCCUGACCCCACCCCCUCCACCCCUACCCCCACCACCUAAAGAAACCGCGACCAAUUUGACCCUGUUGCAACCCUUGUACGCUCCUCCCCCAGGAUUACAAACCAAUGGCAAUUUACCCAGUUUUGUUCAGUUCAAUGAUUAUUACACCCAAAAUAAUAACCAACAACCACAACCAGCGAAUGCCCCUCAACAGUCCUCGUCGCCUAAUAAUAGCAUAACUCCAUCAUCAACUCCAUCCAAUCAAUUAAUGUAUCAAAAUCACCAUGGAGCAGCGGCGCUCACGGCCGCGGCGGUCGCGGCAGCGCAUCACCAUCAUCAUCAUGGGGUCAAUCCUUAUUAUCAUCACCACAACCAUCACCACCAUCAACAGCAGCAGCACCAACAGCAUCAUUACAGUUAUUUGGCCAACGCCACGACUCACGCCGUCUCCGCAAUGUCCAUGUCUUUGGCCUCUUCCCUCCUCACCAACUCCUCCACCACACCCCCCUCCCCGACGACCUACUACGGUCAGAUUCCACCCCCGCACCCGCAGCAGCAGCAAAUCGGCGGUGUGGCGGACGAUCUCUUGAAAAGAACUUCUCCAACGAAUAAUAAUAAUAACAAUAAUAAUACGUGUAAAGUUUAAGUGUUUUUUUGUGUUCAUAUUUUUUAGUUACCAAUUUUGUGAGCAAUGCAAUUUUUAUACCAAAAAAUUAUUAAUUAUUAUACCAAAAAUUGAUGAAAGUCAUAAAGUGGAGGUUGUUUUUUUAUUAAUAAAUAAGGGUUUUUUAUCGUAUUUUAUUGGUGUUAUUUAGGGAAUUAUUGACAUUUGUGAAGGAGGAAAGAGAGUGAAUUGCAGCGUGACGCUCUGCUCUCCGGUGGAUGACGGAUGAGGAACAAAGAUUUUCCAUGGAGCGAGAUCUACCGGAUUUCAGAGAAGCUCCUCAGAGAGAAACUCCACUAUUUCC